AGAUGAUAAAGGUGGCAAGGAUGAGAAGAAGAGAGAAACUAAAGAGAAAAGAAAGAGACACCGAAGAGGUAAAAGGGUCUGGCCGAUCAUCUGAGUAGGAGGCUUUUCAUCAUAUAAACUGGCCUUCGUUUAGCUUGUUUGGUGUUUGUCGUCAUUCCUGAGGCAAUCUUGCAAGUGAUCAGACUAUGUUUCUGUUUAUGUUCAUCUUUUCACUGUUGUUCACCACUCAAACUGGAUUAGCUUGAUAACGGACUGAACUAAAUUCAACUUAACCAACCAGUCAAUAAGCCAAAGUCAACCUCAAUACAAUUUAACACCAAAGUAACAUUUAAUUCAGUUUUACUGGGUGCAAACAUUUAAUUCAAACUUGAUCAUCAUAAUUAUGAUAACAUUCAAGUUUAUCCUUUUACUCGUCUUAAUCACAUGUGUCCAUCCGUUUUUUGCAAAACGCCAAUACAAAAUCAAUCGAAGGUUUGAAGAUUCUUCGUAUAAAGGGAACCUCUUUUCAUCGUCCAAUCGGAUUAAUGUGUUAAAAUUUUAUCCACCAAAAUAUUCAGCAAGCACACCAAACAAUGGAGCUUCCAAUGCUUCGCUGGAGGAAACGUUUGAAGAGCAUCUUUACAAUUCUCUUGGUGAUCAGUUGAGAGCCAAUUUGAAGACUGGAUUAAGUGAUUUGGAUAUUCCUUCGGUGGAUCCUUAUCGGGUUGACAAGAUUCACUUUGAACCCUUGAUAAGUGGUGAUCCAUUUGUUAUUUAUUUGAAAAAUUUUCGCUUAACUGGUUUGUCUAAUUUCAUGGUCAGAGAAUUGAGCUCCAAAUUGAGUGAACUUCGAUUCAAGAUUGGCCUUUUGUUUCCCAAAUUGGAGGCUGAAUGUCAGUAUGCAGUUAAUGGCACUUUGUACAGUGUUUUAGAUGUCCAUGGAUCGGGCAUUGGAACCCUUGAAUAUACUGAUGUUUUAGUUCGUACAACUGUUAAUCUUGACCUUACCAAUGGUACUCUUAGUUUAUCAUCUGCUGAUCCACCGUUUGUCGACUUUUCAAAGUCAACAAUCUCGUUGAAAUCUGUUGAUGGUCGAAUGAAUUUACCUUCAAAUUCAAUUUCUGGGGAAGUCGGUCCAGUUUUGUUUUGGAUGUUGGCCGAUGAACUUGUCCAAUCAUUGCAGCCUCAUGCAUCAGCUUACAUCAAUUCAGUGGUUAAAAAGUUUAGUGUCCCAAGCAAAUUCAAGCCCGCCGUCACAUGGCUUGUUAAACGCAAUUCACCUUCAUCGGCCAAUUUCUUGUUCACACGCUUUUCACCCAUUUCUUUACUUUCCAAUGUUAUUCACGCUAUUUCCAGUGUUAAACACGGUAUAAACCUUCCAAUUGUAAUUGAAAACAUUCGCAAUAUCAGGUCUAAUUUCAGGACAAAUUGGAAUCGAUUAGUUUAAAGCAAUGUUCAUUAACUUACACAAUAAGUAAUUCCACCGAAAACUCAACAAUAAUUUAUUUUAUCUUGAUAAUACUUGUUAAUAAAUAUCUUUUU